UAUCAAUGACAUGGUUGCUAUGUUGUUCCUGAUAGUAACACACAACCUAAGUGCUUCUCAAGGACAACAGACUCUUUUGAAGAACACAGUAGUCUUGGGGGAACCUGUGUGCUCGCAUUCUUUUUUCUAGGUUGAGUUUAAGCGGCCGGCUGACAUGGCCGACUCGGCACAAAGCGGCGUGAAGGGGUACAGUUUUGAGGACAAGCUGGGGACAGGAGCUUGCAGUGCCGUAUAUAAGGCAACUAAAGGCGGACAGACGUAUGUCCUGAAGUCGAUCGACUUGAUGCAAAGUGAUGCUGAAACCUCUGAAAAGCUGAAGCUGAAAGUUUACGUGAGCGACCAGGAGAAGAAGCGGCUACAGAAACGCGCUUCUAAAGCCGCCGUGGAGCUUCGGAAACUGCUCGGUGUUCUAUCUUUGGAGCAUGACAACCUGGUUCUCUUCUUUCACUCGUUUUCCUCACAGGAGAAGCUUUGGGCCGUCAUGGAACAUUGUCCUUUAGGAAAUCUCAACAACCUCGUACUACAUCCUUCUUACGACUGCAGCCUGAGCACAGGUCUUAUGGUCGGAGUAGCCGACGGGCUCGCCCAUCUACACGACAUCGCUGAUCUUCAGCACCAGAACCUGAAACCGAUGAACGUACUCCUCUCCGGCACGCGACGGAACCCAGUGCCGAAGAUCAGUGACUUCGGCAUCGCUAAAGUCCUCGGGGAUCUGAAAUGGAGCUCGGCCAUGUGUACCAGCGACGAACAACCUGGCACUAGCCACUUCAUGGCUCCGGAAGUAGACGAGGGACAGUCCACAAAAGGUAGCGACAUAUUUUCCAUGGGCGUCAUCUUUGCUGCCGUUGUUGAUCGAUCCUCCUACAACUCAGAGGGAACGUUCCUCGUGGCUUGCGUCGGGUCAAGAGGAAGACUCGCCGACGCCUUGAAGUCGACCACGCUGCAGGACAUUGAGGAAGGUCUGGUGACGACUCUACCGCCCGGCAGUUCCAUGAAAGCACUUAUCCUAAACAUGCUCGACUACGACCCUGCCCUACGCCCUUCAGCUGCCGGCAUCAGUCUCGCGCUCAAAAACAUAAGUAAGGGGCAGGCCAUCAAACUCGACGAGAUAGAGAAAGCGGACAAGGUCGUUGUUUCUAACGGGACUGCCGAGAUCGAUAUCGCCAGUGUUGUUGACGAUGACUUGGCAGAAGUAGCAGACUUGAACAUCAAAGACAAUGAGGACAGUGAGGGGGACAGUACUGACGGUGCUACAAGUGAAGAAGACAUCGACGGCGGCGAAGGUGACGAAGAGGACAACAGUGAAGAGGAAAACUAACAAUGAUGACACUACCACAGCAACGGUAAAGCCCUAGUCACACAUUCACGAAUUUACAAUUGGCCUCUCGAACACUAGCGGAACACCCCACAACCGUGGUUUAGGAUGC